AAAUGUAUAAAUCUAAUUAAAUAUUAAUGUAUUUUACAUCAGAACCAUAUUGCAAACAGUUGAAUAACUCAAAUCAUGUGUUAUAAAAGAAAUUUAAGCCAGUUUGGAGUUCCUUUGAAAUGGUGCCACGAUGCCGCAUGAAAACUUCUCAGAAACUCCUGGUUUUCCUAUUUCAGAGCUGGCAGUUAUGGGUGCAUCAAUUUCUGAAGCAGUCCUCAGUGCAGAGAAGAGUCGACUUAGAAACAUGGGUUGUGACUCCCCUUGUAACUCUCCAAAUAAAGCAAAUUCGAUGGACAUUGUUUCAAGCCCAUCAGGGUCUUGUGUUCCUCUGAGUGGUGUGUGUUUAUCUGUAACUGCUGGAAACACUGGUUUUGAACAUGUAAAUCAUAACUGUGAGGAAACAGUGCCUUCUCCGCAACAUGUUUCAGAGUUGGAAUUAAAAGUUUUACAGGCGUGUUUGAAAAGGUGGCGAAAAGAAAUUGAAACUAAUGUCAAAACUUUGCAAGAUAAUAUCAACAAUAUAGACAAUACUAUCAAAGAAAUUUAUAAUGAUCCAUCAUUGCAAAAGAAGCCAUAUCGACUGCAUGCUGUUUUAGUUCAUGAAGGCCAAGCUGCUUCUGGUCAUUACUGGGCUUAUGUAUAUUGCCCUAAUAGGAGACUUUGGCUCAAGUUUAAUGAUGUAGCUGUAUCUGAAGCAACAUGGACUGAACUUCAGAAAGACUCUAUGGGUGGUCACCAUUAUGCAUCAGCUUAUUGUUUGUUAUAUGUUGAUGAAUUAAGGCCAGAACUUUUUGAUGAAAAUAAAGAAGUUGAAAUUGGACCCGAGUAUCUAUAUACUUUACCUGAAGACUUACAACAGUAUGUUGAAGAUGACAAUGAGGCAUUUCAAAUGGAAAUGGAACAGUGGGAUUUUGAACAAAGUCGCAAAAAAGAUUCAUCUACGAUGACUGUUGGAGGAGAUGGAGAUUGUACCAUUAUAGCAGAAAAAAGAAUGGUUAUGGAUGAGAACACAGCUCGAUUUUUUAGCAAUUUAAGCAUGGAACAUGCUGUCUUAUUGCACAAAACAACACUUAGUCGAAUUGAACAUGCAAAAAUCUUUUCGGGACAUGGAGCUGCCGAAGCAUUUGCAGAGAUAGUUCACCAGGAAAGUUCUAGACUAAGAAGGUUGGCAAGACUUCCCGCUAAUCCAUCUGAAGACCCUCGACUACAACAUAUUGGUGUUUAUAUGGCAAUGAAUUCUAAUUCUCCUGAGCCAUUUCUUACAUGGUCCAUUUUAGAGCAGUUUUUGGUGCCUGAAUUGGAUGAUUUCCGAAAUGGGCGCCUUAUGAAAGAUGCAGCUACUCUGAAACUGGACAAUAUGAGGCGUAAUUUUAAUGAUCACCACUCUACAUUGUAUAAAAAUUGGCAUCAAGAGUAUCAGACAUUUCGUAAAUUGGUCAGCUGUUUUGUUCUUGGUAUCGAAAAUUAUCACCAGCAGAAAAAUUAUGCAAGUGCUUUAAACAUGUUCAUUUGUUGUUGCCAACUCAACUCAACUUUGUUAAAACUAGCAGGGAGCAGACGAGGUCUUGAUGUUAAGCUGCUCGAGCAUUAUAGGAGAAAAAGUGCUUUGAAACUAAAUGAAAUUGUAGCCAACCAGUUUGAAUCUUUGGAUCCUGCGGCAGCUUUAGAGGCCUUAUCAACUGCCUACGAGUACGUACUACCGAGUAUGGAAUUCCUUGCAUCACCUGGAGCAUCCGAGACAGAUAUUGUUGUGGCAGAAACUAUACGAAACAGAUGGUGUUCUAUGUUGGGUCUUGACAUAGCAAGUAAGCAAAGUCCCAAGCAAGAAAGGUUGCAAGACUUUUUGAGUAAACUUUUAGACCCAAGUAACGACUUGCCUAAAACUCGUGCUAUGCCCCAGACUCGUCUUUUUAACUUAGAAGAAAAAUAUCGUGCUGCACUGAACUUGGCAAUAAAAUCGGGAGAGUACGAAGCAUCACAGGUGGCAAAGUGAAGGCCAGUUUCUGACUAGCAGGUUAAAAAAGAAAAAGUUGAAAAAGCUUCCAGCUUGGAGGAUGGUAUCCUCAUUUGCCUUGCAUCCAAAAGCAGAGAAAGUGCUUUUUCUGUUUUUAUAAUACACUUUAAGAGCCACCAUGUAACUUAAAUCAUUCACAUUGUUAAAACUUGCUGAUAUUGUGAUACAUCUUUCCAACUUGCGGUCGAAAAUUGUUGCUGGUUUGAAACUGAAAGUUAUGUGUUAAAUAUUCAAACUGCUGAAUGCUUGUUGUGAGUGCAGGGACAGAUUUAAAAAAAAAAGUUGGUCAAAUGAAACUAUUUUGGUUACUAAGUCAAAUCAUAUAAGAAUGUCGCACUCUACUGAGGGUGCUAUAUUUAAUUUCAAGAUUUUAACUGUGAUUUUUGUUAAAGGAAUGUGAUACAUACAAACUCAUUAGUAUCAUAAUUGCAAAAUAGAAUUGAGUGAAAUCAUUUUAGAAUGGAUGAGUAUAACCUAAAGGCUACCCCGUGAAUUUGUUCUGCCUUGUAUAUAAGUGUUUUGUUCAGCAGGAUGGAUGUUAUCGCUCAAAAAGUGGCACUUGCAGACUUCCAUUGUUUCAGAUUGGUUUCCUGUGCGAAUAAUUAGUUUUGUAGUUUUUAUGAAAAGGGAAGAAAUAGUGAAAAUUAUAUGCCUGUUAUGGCUUCACUGAUAUCACUUAUGAAACCGGGCAUAGUUAUUUUGUUUCAUAAUAUAUUUAUUCGGCCUUAAAAGAAAAUUCUGGCGGUUUUUAUUUUCAAUUGUUGUGAACUUAUAAUCCCGUAAAUAUUUUUGCAGAUUUAUAUUUUUAUUAUUUAAGCAUUUAUUUAUAAAUGUUUUAUACAAAAAUAAAUGACAAUUAUGUGUAGAAGAGUUCUUUUAUGGCAUCUCUUAGGAAAGAGUAGACUACAAAAAUAACUGAUAGUCAUUAAAAAAAUAACUGUAAUUUUAUUUUAAAUAAAUAUUUUUCAUUUAUGAAGUUAAUAUUUUUUGGAAAAAUGUAUUUUGUAUUUUAAGUACUAAUUGAAAUAAUUUUUAUACACCGUUUAAGUAACAAUAAAAAUAUCAUUUAUACCAAUAAUAAAACAAUUUUUUUGUCGUAUAUGAAAACCUAAAGAAUUAUAAGUGCAUUUGAAUAAUGCAUUGAAUUAUUUAUUAUCAUCAUUUUUAAGCAUCAUUAUAUACAAUUUAUUAUAUUUUUCAAGCAUAUUAAAUCAGAUGCUUUAGUAUUUUCCUUACUUAAAAGGAUAUAUUUUGAUUUCACUUCUGUUAUAAAUCAAAAUUUAAUAUAAAUAAAUGAAUUGCUUGAAUAUAUUACUUAUAAGAAUUAAAGAAAUUAAGUAAGUUGUUAGCAUUCUCAGAAUCUGUUUAUCUGGAUGAAGGCAUAUCUAAGUUACAUUCAGUGACAGCAGUUUUGAAAUAAAGAGUAAUAGUAAUCUUUGUAAAAUAAGAUUGAAACUAAUAAAUUUAAUCUUUAUUAGAACAGAAUAUUAUUAAUAUCAGGAUUUGGCACUUUUCAGCAUAUCUCAAAAUGUACUAGAUGUUCUGUUCAGACACAAAAAAUAAUUGUUCUAAUUAAAACAAUUAAAUAGUUGUUGAAUCAUACCACAGUGCAUAGAUAAAUGUUUGGAUCAGGAAUAUUUUGAAUAAUCUAAAGUGAAACAAGUUGUGUUAUGCUCACAUUAGUUUUAAAAUACUGAUUGUGAUAAAUUUGUGUAUGAAAUUAUAUUAGUCCAGUUUGUUACCUUAUCUUUUAAAGUAUUAAAAUACUGAACUUAAAAUGCAUUUAGCUGAUUUGAAAUGAUUCCUAGUCAUUUUAUGCUUAAAUGCCAAAGCUUUUUCUUCUUCUUUUUCUCCAGUGGGGAGUUUGUUACUUAGAUGCAAAUUCUAAAGCAGUAGUAAAGCAAAAAAAAAAAAAAAAAUUUUUUUUUUAAAGUUUGUUGAGUUUAACUUUUUACUCAUCUCUUCCAUAUAUUUUUAUUUGUAGGUAAAUAGAAAAAGAAUAUAUUGAUCGACUAGGAAAAGUUUCAUUAAGCUAAAAUCUGUGGGGAAGAAAAAAUUAAAUAUUUCCCUUUUCCCACUCAUGCAGGGAAAAUUCAAAAAUUCAUUUUGAAUAUAUGUAUAUAAUAUUUAUAAAAAUAAAUUCUUUUAAAUUUAAUAUAAUAGUAUGCUUUUGUUUUCUUGUUCUUUCUGUACAUAAAAUGGUGUCUACACAAAAGAACAAAAACAAUUACAUUAUUUGGUCUUCUGAGGUGUCUAAAUGGAAAGUAAAAAGAAAAAUAUGAGAACAAUAAAGUAUUUUUUUAUUUCUGUU